GCCUAGAUAAAUUUAUAUUCAGCCGAGGUAAAGUUGAGGUCCCGUGCCUAUGCCUUUCUUUUCUUCUGCUUCCACGACGCGUCCCUGCAUUGUUGUUUGACUUCACUGUUCUUCUCAUAUCACCAUCUGCAGGGGUCCUUCCAGGAGCGUAAGCAGCGGUCGGUUGGAAUGGCAAUAUGACCAAUGAAGCCCACACUCCCCCAUCACCCCUUGAUCAUUUCAACACAAUCCCAUGGUGCGCAGAGUUGCUCGCUGACCCAUCGUUCCACAUUCUGGGCAACCUGUCACGAACAGUCACAAGUGGUGAUGGGCACUCCUUGAUGGCCGAAACAUGGAACACGGAGAGAACGAUCUCGCAUCUGCUGUCAUUGCACAGGCCACUCGAUCCCACAGCGGGCCAGCCUGAAGAGUUGCGCAGACUCUAUACCUUCGGCAGCGGGAUGAAUGCGCAUCCCGAUCUGCUUCAUGGCGGUGUCAUUGCUACCAUUCUCGACAGCACCAUGGGCAAUGCUGUAGGCCAGCAAAUACCAGAUCUGAACUCGAUCUUUACUGUCGCAUUGAACAUCACAUACAAAAAGCCGGUCUCCACGCCAGGCACGGUGGUGGUACGCUCCUGGAUCGCGAAGAUCGAAGGGGCGAGGAAAGUUUGGGUCCAUGGCGUGAUUGAAAGCGGCGCGGGUGAAGUUCACGCCCUGGCGGAUGGUAUGUGGCUCAUAACAAAGGCGAAACUCUGAAAGUCGGUUACGACAGCAUUGCUACGAGUACGGAACAAGUCACUCAGGGGCGACCGGACACAAGAACAGGUCAUACGGUUAGAGCCAACCUAUCAAUCAUGUCCGGACUUCAUGAUUUGGGCAGCAGGAAAAAUUAUAGCACCUGUGUUGGCCCAUGUAAACGAAUAGACGUAGAGAGAGAGAGAGCGAUGUUGAGGUGCCACGUGAAAGCAAGGAAUAUCACUACGAAGAGGCUGUAAAACAGACAUGAUUUCGCGAGUGUAAAGAGACCUUGGGAUUCUGGAAUCGCACUCACUUCCUGGCAUUCAAUCUGUACCUAGGUAUGUCAAUGAAAGCACGUGUGGUG